AUGGCUAAAAUUAUCUUGUCGAUCAACGCCGGAUCCUCCUCCGUCAAAGUAUCAGUCUAUAAGGCAGUUGGGGAGGGUCGGCCACCCACACAGCUCGCUGAAGUGCAAGUGGCAGGUUUGACCGCUCCACCUGUGAAGUUGACAUAUGAGAGAGGCAGCGAGAAGAUCAAGGAUAAAGAGCUGGACGGAAUAACUUCUCAGGAUGACGCCUUCAAGUACAUUCUAGAUCAUUUGACCCAAGACAAAGGGCUCGCAGAUCUCCAGAACCGCAACGAUAUUGCUUUUACCUGUCACCGUGUCGUGCAUGGAGGCAGUUAUCCGACAGCUCAAGUCAUCAACCACGACACAUACCAUUAUCUCGAAGAUCUUUCCGACUUAGCGCCAUUGCACAAUGUUCGCGCGUUAGCAAUCAUCCGAGCCUGCGUAAAAGAGCUACCAGGAUCGAAAAAUAUUGCGUAUUUCGACUCUUCCUUCCACAAUACGAUGCCCGAAUGUGUCCGAACGUAUCCCAUCGACCAAGAAAUUGCAAAGAGGAACCAGUUGCGGAAAUACGGCUUUCACGGAAUCAGUUACGCUUUCAUCACAAGGGCAGUAGCGGAAUUUCUAAAGAAGCCGCAGGACAAUGUCAAUAUUAUUGCACUUCAUCUGGGCAGUGGUGCGUCGGCAUGCGCGGUUCUAAAGGGCAAAUCGGUUGAUAAUACGAUGGGUUUGACCCCGCUAGCCGGAUUGCCGGGUGCUACAAGAAGUGGAAGCAUUGAUCCAAGCUUAGUUUUUCAUUACACCAGCGAUGCCGGAAAAUUAAGCCAAAGCAGCACCAAGGAAAUGCAUCUCAGCACUGCUGAAGAAAUCUUGAAUCUUAAGUCCGGCUGGAAGGCGCUCACCGGGACCACUGACUUUGGCAAAAUUUCAGCCUCAGAUGAUCCGCAAUGCCAACUGGCUUUUGAUAUCCUUGUCGACCGCAUUGUGGGCUUUGUUGGAAGUUAUUAUGUGAAGUUGGAGGGCAAGGUCGAUGCGCUAGUAUUUGCUGGUGGCAUCGGCGAGAAAGGAGAUAAGCUGCGUGCCAAAGUAGUUGAAAAGUGCCAGUGCCUAGGCUUCAAACUGGACGAGCAGAAGAAUUCCAAGCCUGAGGAUGCCGUGGUGGCGUCCAUUGGUGCCAAGGGUUCGAAACAUGACACACUGAUAUGCCAUACCGAUGAGCAGGUAAGUUUUCUUCGAAGUGUCCUAGCUGUCCGCACAAGAUUGUAA